AUGCUGGCUCUCGCAUCCAUUGUCCCGACCUACCAGACCUCCUUGACGAUGAAGCCUGGAGAUGCUACCCCUGCUACGGGGUAUACCAUUCUCAUCACCAAUCCUCUCAAUUCUUCUGACGUGUAUGCCACUUCCGAGACUUUUGAGAUCAAGAAGGAAGGCUCCUCCUACCCGCCUCAGGGUGUGGCCGUCAACGCCUCUGCGACUGCCGAGGGGACCGGUACGCAAGCCGGCUCUGGCUUGGCCUCCGUUGCAUCUGCUACUUCCUCGUCGAGCUCUUCGAGCUCUCAGGUGGGAAAGGAGGUUGUUUCAUACGGCGCUUUGGGGCUAGUCGCUGUUUCUGGGUUGAUCGCUUUCACCCAGAGUCUCUAG